AUGCCGUCCACCAAGCCAACAAUUCUCCUCCUUGGCACAUGUGAUACCAAGCUCCCCGAGCUCCUCUACACAAAAUCGCAACUCGAAUCUCAAAAAAGUCAUGUCCUAUUAAUGGACAUCGGUCAUACACCAACUUCUCACCCAGAAAUAGAUAUUACGCAACAUGAUGUCCUCAACCCAGAGCUCGCUCGAAAGUCAUCACUGGAUUCACCCCGCAAUACGGAUCCACCCGAGGACCUCGAUAUGAGCGCCCUCCCUCGAGAAGCAUACAUCAAAACUCUCACUCCACUUGCUGUCCGCAUGGUCACGACACUAACACCGUCCCUACAUGGAAUACUGGGAAUAGGCGGCUCGUGCGGCACAGCGCUCGCAACAGCAGUAAUGCGCGACGCAGUCCCAGUGGGGUUCCCAAAGUUAAUGGUAUCCACAAUGGCAUCCGGCGAUGUGGGGCCAUACAUCGGGGAAACUGAUAUCAGUAUGAUGUACUCGGUUGUCGAUAUUGCGGGACGCAAUCGAGUACUGGACAGGGUAUUGGGGAAUGCGGCUGCGGCUAUUGUGGGGAUGGGGUGGGGAUACCUUAAUCGACGAAAGACGACGGAUGGAGGGAAAGUACGUAUUGGCAUAACUAUGUUUGGGGUUACCACACCGGCUGCCACGAUGGCGAAGGAACAUUUGGAACUUUUGUUCCCAGGGACUUGUGAAAUUUAUAUCUUUCAUGCAACGGGGUCUGGUGGACGGGCGAUGGAGAGACUUAUUUCUGAGGGCCAGCUGGAUGCUGUGCUUGAUUUGACGACUACUGAGAUCGCAGAUGAAGUUGUUGGUGGGGUUUUGAGUGCUGGGCCUGGGAGGAUACGUGCCGCGACCGCGCGGAAUAUACCGCGCGUUGUCAGUCUUGGGGCGUGUGACAUGGUCAACUUUGGCACAUUUGAAAGUGUUCCACCUUGUUUUCAGGAAGGGGGGUCGGGAGCUGGACGAGUGUUGCACCGGCAUAAUCCUACCGUCACGCUCAUGAGGACUACAAAGGAGGAGUGUGAGAAGAUAUCGAAAUUGAUUGCGAAGAAUUUGAUGGGUGAUGAAGGAGCCCGUCAUGGCUCUGCUUCUAGGACAAAGGUUGUUUUCCCAGUUGGUGGACUCAGUAUGCUUGAUCUUCCUGAUCAACCAUUUUGGGAUCCUAAGGCAGAUGAAGUGCUUUUCUCGACAUUGGAGAAUGAACUUAAGGGGAGUGGGAUUGAGGUGAUUCGAGAUAAGCGUGAUGUCAAUGACCCGGGAUUCGCAACUACAUUGGCUGAAAUACUGCACGGCUUGAUCGAAGAAAGCAGUAUGCUGGGAGUCUAA